CCUCGAUACAACCAGGAAGUAGAUCACUGGUAUACACCCGUCGACAGAGAGCGAGGCGUCGCAGAUCUGAAACACAGCCAAUACCUGGAAUACGUUUAACAAACACUUCACAACGUUUAUCAAAUGUUGUUAACUCGAUGCAGUACCCAAAUCAACAAUGACAAUUUGUGGAUUUUACCUACUGACGCUCCUGGCUGUACUUGGAUAUCGGAUGAGCAAUGUUGCCAGUACAACAACGUCACCUUAUGUACCAUAUGGAUCUAACUGUGCUGAAACAACUCAGUGUUUAACCAGUGAUGCAGUUUGCAAUGCAUCCAACAUAUGUGCAUGUGAUGACACUCACUACUACGACAUGGACAGCGACACCUGCACUGAGACUACCCAACUAAAGCCAGUCAUCACAGACCAACCAUCCAUAGGAACAGGCACUAUUGGCAUCAGCUGGACAAAUACAGAUGUCACUGGAGGAUACACAUCCAGCAGCUAUAUGGUAGUGUGGUCUCCGGGAUCUCCAGGAUCUGCCUCUACACAAGAGAAGAACUACACCAUCCGGUCCCUGUCUCCAGGAACAGAGUAUACAGUCAAUGUUACAUACACAAUCACACUGAACGACAGGAGUCAGACGAUUACAUCGGACACAAAAACAUUUACAACAGAGCAAAUCUUUGGCGGAGUAUGUAGUGACAUGACCCAGUGCGACAACUCAGACUCGAACAUAGGCUGUAUGCAGAUUACAGGGCAAACAGACAAGAGAUGCCUUUGUCAAGAUGGGAUGUAUAAGCCAUCACCACCAUCAUCACCUUGUACGGACACUAGUUCACUAAAACCAGUCAUUGUAAACACACCAACCAUAGGAACAGGCAAUAUUGGCAUCAGCUGGACAAAUGCAGAUGUCACUGGAGGGUACUCCUACAGCUUUACGGUAGUGUGGUCUCCAGUACCUCCAGGAUCACCAGCAACUACCUCUACACAACAGAAGAACUACAACAUCCAGUCCCUGUCUCCAGGGACCGAGUAUACAGUCAGUGUUACAUACACCAUCACACUGCACGGCAGGCGUCAGACGAUUACAUCGGACCCCAAAACAUUUACAACGAAUAAACAAGCCUUCGGUGGUGCAUGUAGUGAGACAUCCCAGUGUGACACAACUUCAGACUCCAACAUAGAGUGUGUACAGGCUACAGGAUCACCAGACAAGAAGUGCCUCUGUAAGAAUGGAUGGUAUAGGCCAAAUACAAGUCCAACAUCUUGUGUUGAAACUAGCUCAUUACAACCAGCCAUCGUAAACACACCAACCAUAGGAACAGACUACAUUUCCAUCAGCUGGACAAAUACUGAUGUCACUGGAGGGUACUCCUACAGCUACACGGUAGAGUGGUCUCCAGGACCUCCAGGAUCACCAGGAUCACCAGGAACUGCCUCUACACAACAGAAGAACUACAACAUUCAGCCCCUAUCUCCAGGAACAGUGUAUACAGUCACAGUCGUAUAUACCAUCACACAGUAUGGCAGGAGUCAGACGAUUACUUCGGUCCAAAGAACAUUUACAACAAAAUUGGUCUUCGGCGGUGCAUGUAAUGACACAUCCCAGUGUGACACCUCAGACACCAACAUUGGGUGUAUAGACACUACAGGACAAUCAAACAAGAAGUGUCUCUGUAAGAGUGGAUGGUAUCGGCCGAAUACAACUCCAACACCUUGUGUUCAAUCUAGUGUGUUACGACCAGUCAUCACAGACCCACCAACCAUAGGAACAGGCACUAUUUAUAUCAGCUGGACAAAUACAGAUGUCACUGGAGGAUACUCCUACAGCUACACGGUAGUGUGGUCUCCGGGAUCUCCAGGAUCACCAGGAUCACCAGGAACUGCCUCUACACAACAGAAGACCUACAACAUUCAGUCCCUGUAUUCAGGAACAGUGUAUACAGUCACAGUUGCACAUACCAUCACACAGUACGGCAGGAGUCAGACGAUUACCUCGGUCCAAAGGAAUAUUACAACCAAGAUCGCCUACAAUGAACCUUGCUCACAACUUGGCUUGUGUAUCGAUGCCCGUACCAACUGUUACAGUGGUAGUUGUCGCUGUGAUCAGGGAUACUACCGAGCUACGGACUGUUCCAGCAUUGAAAAACUCAAGCCUGCCUCUGUGACGGCCUACGUAAAGGACACAACCACCAUGACAGCAUCCUGGACAGCUCCAUCUAACGCCGUCAUUACCGGGUAUGAGGUGAAUGUUACACCAGGGGACAUCACUCCAAUCAGUGUGGACAGAGACAUCAGGACCACGCCCAUCACAGGCCUGACGCCGGGGAGACAGUACACUGUGUCUGUGAAGACAAAGAUCACCUACAUGUACCUGCAGGGACGCGAUGAAAAGACGACCGCUGUACUUGCAGUACCAAAACGAACAAAACCGGCUUCCAUCGUGGACCUGGACAGCAAAACCAACAGGACAGCUCCAGAUAUCACCAUUGUGUUUGCCAAGGCCGAUGGGGAUGCAGACAAGUACAUUGUGACACUCAGUGGGCUGGAUGGAGAUACAUAUAACCAAAGACAUGAACCUCCCCACGGCAGUGGACAGGACCUAAUCUCUGUCGUCUUCACUGGUAUUGUCCCAGCUGUGUCGUACAACCUGACCAUACAAACACAGAGUGGGAACCUCCUUAGUUCACCAUAUACCACUGUGAUACUGGCACAAGCAAAACCUGCCGGAAGAGUUACCAAUCUGACGUCGUUUGACAACACUUCCCGCUCUAUUGCUGUGGAAUGGCACAGACCACUCAACCCUAACGGGGAUAUCUAUGAGUACAUUGUUGACGUGAGGACAGGCUCUCCUUCAAAGUGUGUGAAGCAGAUCAUCGUCAACUGCACUGAAUGUAGUAGAAAUAUGACCAUGCCACAGCUGGAAUGUACAACAACCAUGACAGUGGUGAUAUCUCAGGCUGACAUAGAUAAAUACGCCCACCUCAUACAGCACAAUAUAACAGGCCUGAACCCUGAUACAUCCUACAGCAUAAAUGUAGUAGCUGUCAAUCAAGAGGGACAAGGAAUGUCAUCCCAAGUUAAUGUACUCCUACCCGAGGAAGCUGCUGGUAAACCUACAAACUUCACGGCACGGAGCAAGUCAUCAAGCGAGAUAACUCUGACAUGGGAUCCUCCACAACCCCGACCUGGUGUCACAGAGUACAACCUAACUGUGUAUGAAAAACAGGAAGAGGGCGACGGUUAUGAACCGUUACAGAACAUAUCGUUUAACGAUUGGAAAACUAAGACGUAUACCAUUGGCUCUCCUUCCAGCUACUGGUUCUACAAGUUUGAUAUUGUAGCCUUGACAUCCAUUGGUGCUUCGGCGAUUGUCAGCAGCAGACCUGAGAGAACGAUGGAAUCAGAACCGACUGCUGCGACUAACUUCCGGAUCACAAAUCUUCAUAAUGAAUUUAACAGGGUUCGAGUGUCGUGGAAGUGUCCCAAACAGAAGGAUGGACGAAAUGGAGAAAUUGUCAACGCCAACCUGAAUUUCUUUACAACCCAGCCGACAGUAUAUGUGGAACCUGUACGGAAGAACAUUAACUUCUCAGCCGUAGGAAAUGACUGCAUGUGGGACGAGACUGUUACAGUCACUACAGAAUUCAUGUACGAGUUCCAGGUUCGCCUCUACAACAGGGGCUUCGUUGGUGCUGUGGUAAAAACAAGUAUCUACAUACAAGGCGGACCCCCAAUACAGACGGAAAUUAUCAACUCCGUGAAAAAGGGAACGGAGCAAUCGGAGACGCCACCAUUGCUCAUUUGUCCCCGCUGUCUUCAGGAUCGCACAAAUGGCCAAGUAAACAAGACGGGGCUCAUUGUGUGUCGAAAAGACUACAGUGGGCAAGACAGAAAUCUUCGUCAGACUACUUCUGCAGUGGAUUAUGACAAUAUGGCCAACUGGAAUGCAGCCAAUGCCCAGGAUUUUGGUAUUCCCUACAGAGCAACAAGAGAUAACUGGCUUGAUGGACUUAGUGGAAAAUCAAGUUUACUUUUCACUCUCGGAAAUGAGGAUUGCAGUGGAAACACGAAGAAUCUCUUUUGUAAUGGAAAACUCCCCACAGGAGAAACUUUUAUUGUGUAUGCAUUUUCUUGCACUAAUUAUGGAUGCACCACAAGCAACAGAAUAGAAAUAUCAACAUCAGCACCAGUACCUGUUGCUGCUGUGGUCGGAGGUGUAGUUGCUGCGGUAAUUGUCAUACUCGUUGUAAUAGGCAUCUUUAUCAUUCUGCGACGAAAAAAAGCUCAAAGGGAAAGGCCUAAGAAGAACAGAGAUCAAGUGAUCGCAAAGUUUCACGCAGACCAAAAUGAGAUAUAUGAAGAGAUUCCUGUUGCUCAGAUGGUGACUGUCGACAGCAGUCGCAGUAAUGAGGGUUAUGUGAACUAUGUGCCUGGACAGUACUCUCGCGACACAGAUAAUACGUACGACCAGCUUGCAACUUACCAGAAUGUAGAUGGUCAUGAUUACGGAAGGAUAACUACUGAAACCAGGUUUAAAUAAAACUACAAGUAGCAGUAGUAAAUUUAAUAACUCACAUGUUUUCUGCAAUGCAAAAUGUAAGCUUAGAAGCAAUACAAUUGCUGUUUAGUUUGUGAUUAGUAUGUACCCUGGUGCAUGAAUAUAUAUUAAUGUGCGUAACCGGUGUUAUGGCUGAUACACACAGUAGACACAGGCUUUGCUGUACCAUUGCUUUUCCAUCUCUGAUUGACGUUUUUACCUUUCGAUCAUGUUGUCCGAUCAUUUCAAUGCAUUUCAAUUUGACAUGGAUUAUGUACAAAAUAUACACCUCACUUUCAGAACAUUUGACACUUUAAUUUCAACCUUGAUGAUCAGUUUUGCCAAGUUUCAUCUCUUUAAUAUGUCUCAAAGUAUGUUUACAUUGUUUGGACAAAUAAGGUUUCUCAUAUCCAUGGUGACGUUUCUUUUGCGGUUCAGUAUACAAUAUAAGUAUAUGACAUUGAUUAUGUGCAAAAUAUACACUGUGUGCUGUUGUCGCAAAUCAUUUCAAUCAAAACCAUUUCAAUAAUCCUGAAGAAUCUCUGCGUAAAGCAGAUGCCUUUGUCCGAUUUCGACUGUCAUAAGCAUGUGUUGAUGAAUCACUCUCAAAUAGUGAUGAUACCAGGUGUUCGUGAAAAGAUGCCUCCCGUCACAUACACUUGCACAGGCAAGUCAAGUGUUCACCUAAAAACACAUGCACAUAUGGUACAAGUCAAAACAGGGAAUUGGACACAUCAUUUUUGUCACGGAUGUCUCAAAAGUUGCCUGUUUGAAAGUAAUCAGGAUUGUCAUACGGCCUUGUGGAUAUUUUUUUGUCACUCUGGAUCUUUAUGCAUAGACCUAAAUAUGAAACAGAUGAGGCGAUUUCACUGGUCUUUUUUUUAUUUCUAGUACAUGUACAGGUUGGUAACAGAACUGGCUAUGUGGCCAUUAUACACACGCAUAUAUAAUCUAUAUUAUGGUAUUUUAUGUUCACAUUUCACUUUUUUUGUUUAAAUAUGAUUUUCAAUAUUUUUUUCAAAAACUGUAUAGUCAAUUAGUGUCAGCGUUCUGACCCAGUCAGGGGUACGCCAAGUUUCGUGUUCUAGACUAGACUAGACAAGUUGUCGGACUUCAGUGCUGAAGUGGGUGAGAUCGCUGACUUUGUGUGCUGGCCAUUACUCUGAGAGUGGGGGUUCGAGACCCGGAUCCCCGAAAGUCCUAGAAUUUGUAUUUUACUAAGAAAAUGUAAUCCCAAAUAUACUAUUUGUUACAUUUCACCACUUUCUUAAAGGGUUGUGUAUUCAAUGUACAGACAAGGCAAGUAAAAUUGUAUUGAGUACUGGUACUUAGGAUUUAGUUCAGGUCGCAAGAUAAUUGGCAUUUAAUCGAAUCAAUUCUUCAUCUCCAGCGUCAAAAUUGUAUUUCAGCAUGAAGUUUAAGUCAAUAUUAUACUUGGUUAAACACAACAUCUGUUGGGAAAAUCUGAUGUUGUAUCUUUUGUCAAUGUAUUACGCCUGUUUUUUUGGAAUGUAAUAAAUGUGUUGAUGUGACAAUGACCUAAUAUAUGUCAUUCACAUUGCCAGCGAAGUAA